AUGAAAUUUUUUCUUUUUGUUAUUGCUGUUUUAGGAUUUAUUGGACAAACAUUGGGACAAAUAACAAAUGCAAAAUGUGUUAGUCUUCUUAAAAUUGGACAACAAGCAUUUAACAAAAGAAUAGGUAUUGAUAGUAACCUUGACUGGACUCAAGCUGAAGUUCUUAGAAAUACUGUUGAAAAUACCUAUUCUGUAAAUGGUUUUUAUGGUCUUCGUGAAGCAUGUUUAGGUCUUAAAGAUUUUAAAAGUGCUUUUCCAUGGGAUCAAAAUACUUAUGUUCAUUGUUUUAAUCCAGAAAGACUUAUUGUUGAUGAUAAUGGCCAAUCAACUGGUGUCAGUGUAAUUCAAGCUAAAAAUUAUAUUGCAUUUCUUUCCUCAACUGAAUAUGCAUGUGGUGCUGGAUAUAAUCUUUUUGCUAAUCAAGUAUCUUGCAUGUCAUCAAUUUUUAAAACAGAAAAUGCAACAAUACAAGAAUGUAGAAAAAAUUUUGUAAAUGAAAUUACAGUUGAUCCAGACAAUCUUUGUGAUUAUACAUACAAUUUAGAUCUUUGUUAUCUUUAUGCUUUCAGUUCAUGUGGAUUAGAAGGACAAUUCUUCGGAUGUGAAUACUCAAGAAAUGGUGUUAGUGGUAGCUAUCAACAAUGUCAAAAUAAUAUGUGCUUUGUUAACAGACCACGUGCUUAA